GCAGCAGCAGCAGCAGCAGCGGCGGCGGCACGCGCAUCUCAGGACAGAGGAUAGGGCAUCUGCAGAGCUCGAGACGCUUCUGAGCGGACCUGGAAUGACGCCAUGAGCUCGCACCGUGUGUGAUGGAGGUAAUGUUUUGGUAGGAACCGCUACCGUAGGCUGAUGUGGCGUCGCGUGAGGAGCCUGAACACGACCAUGAAGCUGCUGUUUGUGGUGACAUUCUUAUGGCGCGAGGCGUUGUGCGGAUCUCCGAGCGUCCAGAUCGGUGGUUUAUUCCCCAGGGGUGCAGAUCAGGAGUACAGUGCGUUCAGAGUUGGCAUGGUUCAGUUUGGGAUGGCAGAUUUCAGACUGACUCCACACAUAGAUAACCUGGAGGUGGCCAACAGCUUUGCUGUCACCAACUGCUUUUGUUCCCAGUUCUCCCGGGGUGUCUACGCCAUUUUUGGCUUCUAUGACAAGAAGUCGGUAAACACCAUUACAUCCUUCUGUGAGACGCUACAUGUCUCCUUCAUCACACCGUCGUUCCCAGCAGAAGGAAUGAAUCAGUUUGUUCUCCAGAUGAGGCCGGACAUCAAGGGGCCGCUAGUCUCGUUAGUGGAGUACUACAAAUGGGAAAAGUUUGCCUAUCUAUACGACAGUGAUAGAGGUCUUUCUACCCUUCAGGUAAUACUGGACACUGCAGCAGAGAAAAAAUGGGUCGUCACAGCGAUAAAUGUAGGAAACCUCAAAGACGAGAGGAAAGAUGAAGCUUACCGCUCCCUGUUUCAGGACCUGGAGAUCCGUAAAGAGCGCCGCAUAAUCCUGGACUGUGAGCAAGACAAAGUCAAAGACAUCAUGGAGCAGGUGAUCACUAUAGGCAGACAUGUGAAGGGAUACCACUAUAUCAUCGCUAAUUUGGGUUUUGUAGAUGGUGACCUCUCUAAAAUCCAGUAUGGAGGUGCCAAUGUGUCUGGGUUUCAGAUAGUAGAUUUUGAUGAUCCUGGGGUGGCAAAGUUUGACCAACGAUGGGAGGCCCUGGAAGAGAAGGAGUAUCCUGGAGCUGAUACACGGAUCAGAUAUACCUCUGCCCUCACAUAUGAUGCUGUCCACGUGAUGACUGAGGCAUUCCGCUUCCUUCACAAGCAGAGAAUAGACAUGAGUCGUCGUGGCAACAGCGGGGACUGUCUGGCCAAUCCGGCAGUUCCCUGGGCGCAGGGGGUGGAGAUUGAACGUGCCCUCAAACAGGUACGUGUAGAUGGUUUAACAGGGAACAUUCAGUUUGACCAGUAUGGGAAGAGAAUCAACUACUCUGUGACAAUCAUGGAGCUGAAGAACAAUGGACCUGUUAAGAUUGGCUAUUGGAAUGAGGUGGAUAAAAUGGUGGUGACAAAGUCAGACCUUUACCCCAAUGACACCAUGGGAAUGGAAAACAAGACCGUCAUCGUCACAACUAUACUGGAAGCCCCCUACGUGAUGCUGAAGAAGAAUGCUGAGCUGUUUCAAGACAAUGACCGUUAUGAAGGUUACUGCGUUGACCUGGCAGCAGAAAUUGCAAAGCAUUGUGGUAUACGCUACCAGCUAAGAAUUGUGGGAGAUGGCAAAUAUGGUGCAAGAGAUGCAGAAACCAAGAUCUGGAAUGGUAUGGUUGGAGAGCUGGUAUAUGGGAAAGCAGACAUAGCAGUUGCUCCACUGACGAUCACUCUUGUUCGUGAAGAGGUGAUAGAUUUCUCCAAACCCUUCAUGUCUUUGGGAAUCUCCAUCAUGAUCAAAAAGCCACAGAAAUCCAAACCAGGAGUCUUCUCCUUUCUUGACCCACUGGCCUAUGAAAUCUGGAUGUGCAUUGUCUUUGCCUAUAUAGGAGUUAGUGUUGUACUGUUUCUGGUGUCCAGAUUCAGUCCCUAUGAGUGGACACUGGAGGAGCCAGAGGACGGAGCAUUGCCACUGACAACUGAAUCCACCAAUGAGUUUGGGAUCUUUAACUCCCUUUGGUUCUCUUUGGGUGCUUUCAUGCGGCAGGGUUGUGACAUCUCUCCAAGGUCUCUGUCAGGUCGCAUAGUAGGGGGGGUGUGGUGGUUUUUCACUCUGAUCAUCAUCUCAUCAUACACUGCCAACCUGGCUGCCUUCCUGACGGUGGAGAGGAUGGUUUCUCCCAUCGAGAGUGCUGAAGACCUGGCGAAACAGACAGAGAUAGCAUAUGGAACCCUGGACUCUGGAUCCACCAAGGAGUUCUUCAGGCGCUCUAAAAUUGCCUUGUUUGACAAGAUGUGGCAGUAUAUGAAAUCAGCAGAGCCUUCCGUCUUCGUCAAGAAAACGUCAGAGGGUGUCCUGCGUGUCAGGAAGUCCAAAGGGAAGUACGCCUACCUGCUGGAGUCCACCAUGAACGAGUACAUCGAGCAGAGGAAACCCUGCGACACUAUGAAAGUGGGAGGAAACCUGGACUCCAAAGGCUACGGCAUUGCCACGCCUAAAGGAUCCCCAUUAAGAAAUGCUGUGAACCUGGCGGUGUUAAAGUUGAACGAGCAGGGGCUGCUGGACAAACUGAAAAACAAGUGGUGGUAUGACAAGGGAGAAUGCGGCAGCGGAGGAGGGGAGAGCAAGGAAAAGACCAGCGCUCUGUCUCUCAGUAACGUAGCAGGAGUCUUCUACAUCCUGGUUGGAGGUCUGGGUCUGGCCAUGAUGGUAGCGCUGGUAGAGUUCUGCUACAAGAGCCGUGCUGAGGCCAAAAAAAUGAAGAUGAAAUUCACAGAUGCAAUGCGCUCCAAAGCUCGUCUAUCCAUCACAGGAUCGACCAGUGAGAAUGGUCGUGUCCCAGUGGCUUACCUCCGUCCAGGAUUACCCAUGAGCCUCAGCAUGACUGAUCUCUCCUGACCACACCCGAGCCAGUGCCUUACAGCCAAUCGACACACAUCCACCCUACCCCUCUGAAAGUGAGUGGAAAUGCUUGUCAUCUCCUUCGGUGACCAAUUACCACUCACCGUGGGUGAUCUGCCCCGAUUUUCAAUCCGGAGUUUUAGCCAAUCAUAUCUCUUUGAGGACUCCUGAUCUCGCUCUUUAACAUCUAGCCUAGAAAGACUGGACAGAUGUUGUCCUCCCACCACUUGGCUGUCAGGCUUUAGCAAAGACCUGCCCACCUACGAAGUGAAUAACUUGACCAUCAGCGAGAAAGAUGGCUGGUCAUUUACAAAUUCAUGAAAAACAAUCAAGCACAGUGGACAUUUUUCUAAACAAACUCACGUUGUUGUUUCAUAGAUUUUUGCCAUGGAGGCUCUAGAAAAUAAGGACAACAGUGAUGCUGACGUUGAUGCAAUAACAACAUGAAUCAGGGAUGUGAUCAGGAAUUGUGGGUAUAAUAGCAGAAUCGUGCUUUAAAUGAGUUCAAGUGCUAUGAAGAAAAACUGACGUCCUGAAAAAUCACAUCCAUGGAAUAAUAGUAAUUGUGAUAGCAGAUAAUGAUAAUGAUGUUAUUGUUCUUAAUUGUUUUCCUUAUUUCUGCCUGAAAAUCCCUGAUUAGUAGAGACUUUAACCAGACCCAAGAGAUGCAUGGACUGACACACACACCCAUACAAACACACACAUACACAAAACCAAUGGUAUGAAAACAUACACUAUACACAGGGAUGGGCAAAAAAUUAGUCAAAAUCAUACAAAAUAAUCACAGUUUAUUUUAAAGGCCCUUUGUGUAGGAUUUGAUCAUCUGUGACUUGGUGAAGUCUAGAAGUAGCAUCAAAAAACACCAAACAAAUGCGACUCUGAGAAUAUCUGAGUUGAAAGCAACACAAACACUGAGAGCUGCCGUUUGAAAGUCAGAGAUUCAAAUUGUCAGUUGACUGAGAUUGUUUCAAGUUAAGUUGUUUUUUUUGUUUUGUUUUUUGCUAGUCAGUGUGCUGUGCAAUGUACUUCUGGGGAUGUGUUGGUCCACAGAUUUUGUUGCGAAGUGAGGGCUCUUGACUUUCACACUACUCUUUAAGAUAGGCAGUUGCAGGCGCAAUGCAGGUGCACAGAGGAGAAACUUUCCAACAAAAGGCUCCAAAAUAACAUUAUUUUCUCUCUUCUGCUUGGGAGCUCACAGAUACUUGAUACAACACAGUCUAGUUUUUGUUUGAUAUCUAGUGUCGGCCAAAAAUGAUGUUGCACAUUUCCAAUCCAUCGUUAGCAGUGUUAGCUUGUUUACUUUAUUACUUGAAUGCCGCUGUCACACCAAACAUCCUGCUGAGCCCCGUUAAAACUUGAAAACAAACAAUCGUAUGAAACAGGAAAAUCUGAUUCGACUGACAUAAUUCUGAAUCAGGUACAGCACUAAUGUUGACUGCACCAGUAAAGGGGAUUUACUAAUGUUUCUACAAAAAAAAUGCAAACCAUCACAAUAGUUUGAAAGACUUAAAUCCUACACCUUGGGGCUUUUUAUUAUACAUCACUUAUAGAUGGAUUAAAUGUUCAAACAAAAGGCAAAAAAGAUAAAUGUUACAAGUAUUCAGACACAAAUAUACUCCUCCAUUUAAUAAGCUAGCCCUUAGCUGUCAGUGUAACUACUAUGCUUACGAGUUAUACAGUGUCCUGUUAAUACAUUUUGUAGUGUCUUACCUUAACUUUAGCUGUAAAUGACUUUUACUCACUAGCUUAUAUGUUGCUCUGGUUUACACUUAGCAAAAUUAUUGUUUUGGCUGUAUGAAGCACACAACUCUCAUACCAUAUGAUAGUCAGGUAGCAUAUGGCAAAAGGGUAUUAUAACUAUUAGAGAUCAUUUGAAGUUAGUUAUACAGCUUCUUUAUAUCCGUUGUUAGAUAAGAUAUUACCUAGAGUCAAGUCAGCCACAAAUGAAAAUCACUGGACCUGGAAUGAGUCCUUAUCCGUAAACAUGAGGUUGUGUUUGUGGGUGAGAAACCAAGUAGAGAAAGAUAAGAUUGUGGUGGUGUCUAAGCGCUCAUUUAUGUUCAAUGUUAGAUACAGAGACGGAGACUCUGUAUCUAACUUUUGCACGUUCUCUGAAAGCUUAUGGAUACGGACACAACAGAGCAAUACCACAGGAGAUCAUGGAGGCAGUGUAACGUAGUUCAAGCGAGAUAUGACCAUAGGAGAUGAUGAAGAAACUUCAAUCAUGGCAGAACGGAAUGAAUCUGUUACAUAUAAUAAUAUAUAGAAAUAUAUAGUGAAAAUAGCGACAAGAGUUCACCGUCCACAUGUUAGGAUGUAUAUAAUGGCUGCAGGCCACCACCGUCUAUAGCGCUACCUCCAUUGAGAGGUAAUGUAUUAUAACCUCCUUCACCGUCGCCUCGUUUGUUGUUGUGUGAAACUUCUGACUCCGCCCUCUAGUGAAAUCUGUUGGCUGUAUCUAUGCCAUCAUAAAGGAAAUAUGAAAGUAUGAGGGCAGUGACGUUUACAAUGUUUGAAAGGGACGUAUCUGUUUUUGUACGUGAAGGGAGUAUAAAUGAGCCUUAAAGGUCUUAUCACACCAAACACGAAUAGUGGGAAAAGUGGAAGGGAAAGAGGAAGCAAGGGGUGCUGCACAGGACUUUCAUCCAGGAGACCAAUGUUUGUGUACCAUGCAACGGCAAAAGUCAACUUUGAGUUUAUUUAAACCAAAUAACAUACUUUCUUGUGUUUGUCACACAUUGCAUACUUGAUAACUUACUGGAACAGACAUCACCAUUAUCUAUUUUUUAAGCCUAAGUACUUUUGUUGCCUAAAGCUAAAGUACUUAAGUGGCAAAGCCUACAUUUUCUUUGACAACGCAAUUUUAUUUUGAAAUGUAUCGUAGCAUGUAAUGAGCAGAAAAUGACACUGACACCUACAAAAGUGACGCUGGAGGUGAACCUAGAGCAUCAUAGUUUGAAGCAUAGGGCCACUUACCAAGCUUCCAUAUUUGACAAGCUGGGGGUGGAAUGUAUUGCUCACAGCCUAGUGCAAAUUCACUGUAGUGAUGUGGAAAAUUUCAAGGAAAAAAGACUUGAAGCAUGAAAAUACUUUGCAAGUGUGGACAAGCUGUGUUGGUUAAACUUGUAAAUGAGCCAGAAACAUAUCUGCUGUAAUCAGUGUUUUAAACAGCUCACUACCAGCUAAGAUAUUAGUUAUGAUUCUGUCAUUCACAAUAUGCAGAUGAUGUCAAAAUAUUUUCACUGUGGGCAUGAGGAGGAGAGGAGGGGCGAGAGGAUAGAAAUUGUAAAAUAAGUGGUGAUCUGGCCAUGAAUAGUUUUGUUGUAGAAAAAUACACAGCUUGGCUUCUGUCAGGAAAUUUAUACUGUGCUUACAUUUGCUAAUAUUAGUAAAUUGUGCAUUGUACUUUAUGCGUCCCACUGACAUGUUCUCAUGUCAUAUGUUCCUCACUCAGUUGACUAAGUGUGUUUGACUUGAAGCCAGCAGUAUGCUUGAUUAAGAAUUCUGAAGCACUGCUCUGCCAAAACACACAUUGAUAAUGAUCACUCAGUGCACAUUUUGUUGAACAGGGUCAACAACACAGAUAAAUAUUGUAACACGGAUAAAAUAAGAAAUGCAGCAAAUUAUUCAUGCAGGGUGUCUAGCUGAGGCUAAUUAUCAGCCCAUGUUCCUGGUUAAGCUUUCACAUGAUCUGAGGAAAUGGAUGAUGGUGGAACAUGAUGCAGAAUAGAAAGAGUAUUUCAUGAUAUUUGGUUGAGGUGUAACGGUUCAGAAAAUUAACUGUUCAAUUCAAUACAAUACAGCUAAAAUAUAGAAAUGCCAGAUAAAUGUCCUUGGUUUUCUAUUUUUUUUUUUUUUUUAAUUUUUAAUUUUAUGUUAUUUUAAUUCAUUAAUUUAUUAAAACUAACAUCAUAAAGCAUGAUUUUUUUAUUUACUAUGAACAAUGAUGGAGCUGUACCUCAUCAUCUGUGGUGUCUUCUUGACAGCAAAUAAAACAUAAACAGCUCCUUGUAGAAUAUGGAUUGUAGUUGUAAACAAAUACAAACAAGGGAAACAACUUUGUUUCUGAAAUGCCAGAGACAUUUCCUUUUUUCCCUUUUUUACCUUUUGCAAAUGUUUUAAAACUGACAUCAUCAUUUUGGCUUUUGUUGUUUGUACAGUUCAAUAAUUACAUUAUUUCUGGAAUGGAUUCAUGAACGAAUAUUGUAACAGGGCUCAGUUACAUUAGGCAUGUUCAUAACAUUUACUCUACAGAGUCAAGUCUCAUAACUGUAAUUAUAAAUAUACCAAUCCUUGCAGUGAUUUCUUUUGCUCUGUUUGAAUCAGAAUGGCUGCCUAAAUGUGGUGCAGGGAUCACGUUUGACACACUGGGAUGUUGUCAUCAUGAAUUGAAGUAUUCCCAACCUAUUGUUAAGUAUAAGCUUUUUUUGUGUCGCUUUAUCCACCUCUCUCUCACCAUUGUCCUCAUUAUUGAAAGCAAAACCAAAGUGGCUCCAAACUCCAGACCUGUAGGAUAUCAGAGGAUCUUCUAUUUCUGGUCUGGUAAUAGUGUUACUAAUCAUAUUAAAUCAAGCAAGCUUAGCGUAGCUGCCUCCCAGAGUGUCUCACAGGAGUAGAAUAGUCUGAGUGGGUGGGGCAGACAGCAUGUUGCAUGUUCCGUCCUGUGGAUUGCCUUGCUGAGUGCAGUGGCACUGAGAACAUUACGUUAAACACAGUUCAAGAUGGAUAUUUUAUUUUCCAAAUGUAUUCGGAUAGUUUAAGUUUUUAUCGGGUUUGUAAUAGGUACCAAACCAAAACCCUUUUUACAGAACAGCUCAACACAGAUAGGUGUUUUGUUACACCCCUAAUAUUUGGAAUAACACACAAGGCUAACUGGUAAAUGCCCACAUCUAUCAGACUCUAUCUGUGCUGCUAGUUUGUAGCCCACGCUUUCUGCUAUAAAAAAAAUCAUCCUCUUAUACCUUGCAACCGUUGUCUGACACCUUUGGCAUGUUUGUUCUUCCUGUUUGAGCUUCAUCUAAUUUGACUUUGUAUGCAGGUAGGCACCACUUUGUUACAGGAACGUUAGCUUCAGUCAAACUUGACCUUAUGUGGAAAUCCCAAUCAGCAACCUCAGGGUUGAAAAAUGAAGCCAACAUGGAAAUGCCAAAAACUGCAGUUCUUUUAAUGGCCACUGGAGGCUGGCUUCAGUCCAGGGGUAGGCAAUGAUGGUUAUUUUUUAACAUUUUCAUUUUGAUUUAUCAGUGAUGUAGGCUUAAAGUGAUUCUGACUUUCUCCAAUGUAAAAAUGUGCCUAUACACUGAAUAAAAACAAGUUUUAACAUUUCAGCAACUAAAAUAUGCGUCAGUCGUCUUCAGCCCAGUGCCUCUUCCUCUACUUUUUGCCAAAUCUCAAUAGCGGUGGCUACAGUAGUGUUUAGUCUCCCUAGCUUGGUUAGCUAUGGAUUCCAAUCCAAAAAUGGGAAAGUUUUGGAAGAAAGCAGUUUCAUUGUGCGUGAAGAGAUUUGUUUGCUUUUACAGCCAACUCUGCAAAGUUAAAGUUCCAAAUAAUUGUAAAUAGCCACCUGGUGGUUAGACCUAUUUGUAACAGGCUAAUUUAGAUUUAAUAGGCUGUGUUACCUUCAUUAUAAGGCUUAAUAUGUUUUGUGGCUCCAGAUAGAUUUUUAGAUUAUUUUUGGUCAAAAAUGGCUCUUAUGAUAGUGAAGGUUGCUGACCCCUGAGCCAGUUAGUACCCAUAGACCCCCAUGUUAAAAUGCCUACCUUUAUAGCAGAAAUAAACAUGUUUACAGCCUGGUGUAAAAACAGUUUUGGUCUCUAUAGUUAAUUUCAACAUUAAUGACAACUGUACAGGGGGUGGAUUUUAUAGAACUCACAUGUUUACAUUUUAUUAAGGCUUAAAGUUAAGCUUAAUAACAGCAGGGCCACUAGAGUGACAGGAUGCUGAUAGUAUCCUCUGCUUCUUCAGAUUCACCCCGCACUCCUCCAGCUCCAGCUUCUCACCCAAAUAUGGUCACUUCUGGCUCCAAAAAGCAAAGAUGGUGACGUCCGAAAUGCCAGACUCUUCAAAAUGUUAGUCUACAAACCAAUGGGGGUCAUGGUAGCUACAUCUAUUAUUUUUACAGUCUAUGGGAAAUCCCUUAUUCUCAUAACAUAAAAACAGGAUCAAGGAGAAGAUAGUGACAAACAAAAUGUUUACCAAGACAGUUUUUUAUCCCUCAAGAUUGAACGGAAAAAUUAGAUGCAUGUUUCUUUACAUUUUAUAUUUCUAAAUUAAAUUCUAGUUUACAACCUUAAAAUAAGAUAACAUGAAGACUAUCACAGACGACUAUUUCAUCAUGCUGAUAAGGACUAAAUUGGUGGAGUAUAUAGUAGUAUAUACAAAUAUACAAAUAUAGUACUUCAAAAACAUAUGAGAAAUACUGCCCACCCCUGUCUAUAGGUCAGCACACCAAUACAGACACAAAA